AUGCGAAAGCAGAUGAUGCAGCGCAGGCUCGCCAGAGGCGUGACAGUGAGCGGAGAAACCCAUCAUGGGUCCUGUACUCUGGUUACUUCACCUGCUGGAGGAAGGAAGAGUGAUGGAUGGGCAGACAGAGAUGAAGUCAUCGAAGGCUACGAGGUGGAAGCCAAUGGAGGAAUCACAAUAAAGCUACAGUCCCCAGAGGUCAGGUCAUUCGAUGACUACUUCCUGAAGCUGAGACUAGAUACCAACACAAGGAAUCCUUGGUUCCCCGAGUUCUGGCAACAUCGGUUCCAGUGUCGCCUACCUGGACACCUCCUGGAAAACCCCAACUUUAAAAAGUCUGCACAGGAGCUUCCCGGAAAGCGGGAAGAGCACGUGAGCAUAAGAACAAACACUGGCCUGGUAGAAGGGCAACGCAAGGCCAGUGCUUUUAGAACCAGUGAGAGUCCCAGCAUGGGGAAAGGGAAUGAAAGCUUAGAAGAAAACUAUGUCCAGGACAGUAAAAUGGGGUUUGUCAUCAACGCCAUCUACGCCAUGGCCCAUGGGCUCCAGAACAUGCACCAUGCUCUAUGUCCUGGCCAUGUGGGCCUGUGUGAUGCCAUGAAGCCCAUUGAUGGCAGGAAGCUCCUGGAUUUCCUCAUUAAAUCAUCCUUUGUUGGAGUAUCUGGAGAGGAGGUGUGGUUCGAUGAGAAGGGGGAUGCUCCUGGAAGGUAUGACAUCAUGAAUCUGCAGUACACUGAAGGUAAUCGCUAUGACUAUGUCCACGUGGGAACCUGGCAUGAAGGCGUACUGAACAUCGAUGAUUACAAAAUCCAGAUGAACAAAAGUGGAAUGGUCCGCUCUGUGUGCAGUGAGCCUUGCUUAAAGGGUCAGAUUAAGGUCAUCCGGAAAGGAGAAGUGAGCUGCUGCUGGAUCUGUACCGCGUGCAAAGAGAAUGAGUUUGUGCAAGAUGAGUUCACCUGCAGAGCCUGCGACCUGGGGUGGUGGCCCAACGCAGAGCUGACCGGCUGUGAGCCCAUUCCUGUCCGUUACCCAGAGUGGAGUGACAUAGAAUCUAUCAUAGCCAUCGCCUUCUCUUGCCUGGGCAUCCUCGUGACUCUGUUUGUCACCCUCAUCUUUGUGCUGUACCGGGACACACCUGUGGUCAAAUCCUCCAGCAGAGAGCUCUGCUAUAUCAUUCUGGCUGGCAUCUUCCUGGGCUACGUGUGCCCUUUCACCCUUAUCGCCAAACCCACCACCACAUCCUGCUACCUCCAGCGCCUCCUGGUCGGCUCGUCUGCCAUGUGCUACUCUGCUUUAGUCACCAAAACCAACCGUAUUGCACGCAUCCUGGCCGGCAGCAAAAAGAAGAUCUGUACCCGGAAGCCUAGGUUCAUGAGCGCUUGGGCCCAGGUGAUCAUCGCCUCCAUUCUGAUUAGUGUCCAGCUGACACUGGUGGUGACCUUGAUUAUCAUGGAGCCUCCCAUGCCCAUUUUGUCCUACCCGAGUAUCAAGGAAGUCUACCUUAUCUGCAAUACCAGCAACUUGGGUGUAGUGGCCCCUGUGGGCUACAACGGACUUCUCAUCAUGAGCUGUACCUACUAUGCCUUCAAGACCCGCAAUGUGCCGGCCAACUUCAAUGAGGCUAAAUACAUCGCCUUCACCAUGUACACUACCUGCAUCAUCUGGCUGGCUUUCGUGCCCAUUUACUUUGGGAGCAACUACAAGAUCAUCACUACCUGCUUCGCAGUGAGCCUCAGUGUGACGGUGGCCCUGGGGUGCAUGUUCACUCCCAAGAUGUACAUCAUUAUUGCCAAGCCCGAGAGGAAUGUCCGCAGUGCCUUCACCACCUCCGAUGUAGUCCGCAUGCACGUUGGUGAUGGCAAGCUGCCCUGCCGCUCCAACACCUUCCUCAACAUUUUCCGGAGAAAGAAGCCGGGGGCAGGAAAUGCCAAGUGA